UACCUCUCCCAAUGUAUGGGACUUCAGUCAGAUCGCGCCUCGCUACUGGGCGGAAGCCUCGGGUUCGCGAUGGGCGGGAAGAGGUGGUCAUAUCAAACAGAACUGAAUCGGCGCCUUGACUAGUGCCGUUCAGGCGUGGGCCUGAAGAUUCUCCUCGCUAUAUCCUUCGUCGAUGCCCCUCUUCGUGGAAUCAAUGCAACCAAAGUCCAGUUGGAAAGCGCGCAUGGGCCUCUUGAUGUCUGAACUACCGUGAAUAUGGCCGCUGAAGCGCCAGGGAACUACAGUCCACUCCCUACGGGAGAUGACGACGACGGUGUGGGUGGCCAGCAAGGACACAUCCAAGAAAAUGCGCAUGACGACGUCGACCACGAUGUUGAGAGUCAUUCACCACAUGAUUCAGAAACAACAAACGUGCCUAUCAUCGAGAUAUCUCCAACCCCUUCGCCUCCCUCGCCUCUUUCGCCUCCCACAAGGCUCAAUACCGGGAACUCUGAUACUAUCUCUUUGUCCCAAACCCUGCCGCAGCCAGGCGCAAGACCAGCGGUGCAAUCACUCGAUAAAAGAAGAUCCUCCAGUCUGAGUGGGUGGAAGGAACGCAUUUACAGUUCUAUCACCCCUUCACUUCACGAAGUGCUGGAACUGAAAUGUUCCGAUCACAAUACCUCGAGAGAGUAUAGACAUCACAAACAACGAAACCGGCUUUUACGAUUGACUAUUGGUGAAUGGUUCAACAGCCUCGUCCUCUGUGUCGUCUACUUUGGCAUCCUCUAUUCUUAUUCCAAGAAGCAAACCAUCAGCGUACCUCAACGCAGAAUGUUCAAUGCUCUCACAACGGGAGUAUCCCUUCUUCUCGGAGUGAACCUGGCGGCAUCAUUACGCAGCUACGCAAAGCUCCUCCGCUGGCGAAUGUUGGCGGCAUGUUACCGACCAUUGGAGACCUUCGAUCUCGUCAUGGGGUGCGAUAGCCUCUUGAAUGUGAUGAGGCUCCUUUGGAAGGCCCGGAAUCAGAGGCGCAGAUAUCUGCCGUCGAGGACCCAGGUUCUUUGUAUCUUAUGGCUUCUUGUCCACUUGGCGGUCACGAUCCUUGUGGGCAUCAUCGGUCUAAAUUACAACUUGGACACUUCGAACGAUUUCGUUCUUCUCCGGAAAGGCAACAUCAGCAUAGUCGACUUGAAUGCGCUUUCGACUGGUGAUUAUCCAGCUGAUUUGGCCGCGGUCCAAGAAUGGGGUGUCCGUGGAGAGACCACAAAUCCUCUUGACUAUGAAAGUGGUGUUGUGGAGCAGUACCAGAGCUAUUUCUCGUCUUGGGACGGUUUCACAUUUUACUACUUCCAGGAUCAGAACCCAGACGACCCGAAUAGCGUUGGUGUUUCUUCCCGAUAUAUUGAAUCCCAAGCCUAUUGCCAAGACUUCACCGUCACCGAAGGGCUGUAUGGCAAUCUCUCAUACAUCAUCUACCAUGAUGGCGAAAAAGACGUCAACAGAUCCCUGCCAGCAAGUCCUGGGCCAGGAGGGCUACUAACCAUCUCUAAGUUGAACUCGACCUGUGGUGACGGGUGUGUGGAGAUUCAUACUUUCCAGGCCGCUGCCUACCCCGACGACAAUGGCGGUGUUGGUGACGACGACGAAAACGCGGUCGGGACCUAUUUUAUCUGCAACAAUACAGUGCCUCAAGUCGGGGACGACUACAGUGAGGUCACUAUCGACUAUGAAAUAUAUUCCAUUGUUGGAAGGAUGCUCGCCGGGGCAAUUGGGUGGAGUGAUAACCCUCCGACCGCCGAUGGCAAAGAAGAAUAUGCGGUUUACACGAACACGUCUCAGUUGAGCUUUUCGGGAACACUCGGGCCUUUGGAUAUGGCCAACGUCAUCUCGUCGUUUACAAUGGGUGCAAUAUCGUUUAUGGACAACUCUCCAGCUAUGUAUAGGAAGAACAUCGCGGGCAGGGACCAGCCAUUUGCAGCGCAAGUCCUCAAGGUGACGUGGAGAUACGCGGGUACUAUCCUAGCAGUCAUCCCAUUCAUCCACUUUUGCACGCUGGUGGCUGUGAUUCUCUGGGCGAACAAGGCGAUUAUCAAGGAUGACAGUCAUCUUGCUAUUGCCAAGGUUUACCACACACUUCUGCGCGAGCUAGGGGACCGUGGGUGUUUGCUCCGUGGUGACGAAAUCGUGGCGGUCAUGGGGAAUCCACAGGUCGCAUAUGGAUGGCAGGCGAGCAAUGAAUACGACGGGGCGAUGCACGUCGAUGUUUUCCAAGGCUUGAUGAGGGUGGAGAAAGUGUUCGCAGAAGGGAUGUAUGACGGGAGCAGCAAAGUGCAUCGCAGCACCGCGAACACUGAGCGGACUGGGAGUGCACGGAAACGCUACCGCGACGUUGACGCAGCAGACUAUUUCUGAUCAAAUAGGACUACUGCUUGGAACCUCCAGGGGUUUAUCAAUGACAGCUUUUUGCAACGCAGACGCAGCUUUCCGACGACACGGAAGAGGGAAAUACUCUGGGAGCGAGACUCAAGCAAACGCCUCCAUUUUUCCACGUUUCUCCCAACCCUACUCGACUGUCCUGGCCACUAGUGGGAAGCCGGUCCUGCCCGCUGCACGCACAGUGAGAAAGCUUCCCCCUUUAGCCAAAACUCUCAGCCAGGCAUUGAUGACCAUUUCCGUCCGGUCCAGGGGGUUCGAAGGCAUCACGUCUUUUGCACAGAAGCCCAUUUCCGCUUCUUCCCCGUCUGCGCGGUGGCGGGUUCGCUGUCAGCCAUGGCAAUGCAUCGACCCAGGUAUUCGCCGUACUGGGGGUCAAAAGUCAGCCAACUUCUCCCCGAGGGGGAAGGAUCUCAAGUCUGGUUGCUGUCGGGAGGAGACGCUGUUGUUUUCUCACCUCGGCUAACGCCUGUGGAGUGUCCGUCGGGGCUUGAGGCCCAUUUCUGAAUGCGUCCUGGCUGUCGACGGUCUUGGGCCGGGCUGGAGUCUCAUUGGUAGAAGCGGAGCUGUGAGAGGUGCUCAUGGUGACAGCAGCGCAGCACGAGGGUCACGACCUAUUCCUCGAUCGGGUAGGAUGUUUGACGCAGAGAAGAGGGUUUGCUGCUCUCAGCACCGGCGUGGUGAUUUGGUGCUCCAGGCUGAACAGGGGCUCGCUGUGCACAGAUUUGUGCGAGAAAUGUGCAGUUGUCCGGAAUGGAAGCGUCGGUAUGGGGAGGAGCGAACCGUCGAAGGGGGUGGCAAUGAGGUAUUUAUCGAAUGACAUGGAGAGCCCAGACGAUGGCACGGAGAGGCAAAGGAAAAGAGGGAGGUGAUGUUGAUAUACAUGAGAACGCCCAGGGACACACCGCACAACCAAAAGAUAUUGGCCCGUUGAUCUUCAAGCGGCGUGAGUGAUGACCAACUAUAUUCAGCCUU